GGCGCCCCGCUCCGCGCCUCUGCGCGCCCCGUCCGCCCGCGGCCAUGGGGAAGGGGCUGGAGGGCACGGCGGCCCGCUGCGGGCUGGGACUGGGAUACCUGCUGCCCACCGUGGUGCUCCCCGCCCUGGCUGUGCUGGGCGCCAGCCGCCCCGGCUCCGCGGCGCAAGAUGAUGAUUUUUUUCAUGAGCUUCCAGAAACUUUUCCAUCUGAUCCUCCAGAGCCAUUGCCCCACUUCCUCAUUGAACCUGAAGAAGCUUACAUUGUGAAGAACAAGCCUGUGAAUCUGCACUGCAAAGCGAGCCCUGCCACGCAGAUCUAUUUUAAGUGCAACAGUGAAUGGGUCCAUCAGAAGGACCAUGUGGUGGAUGAGAGAGUAGAUGAAACCUCUGGUUUGAUUGUCCGAGAGGUGAGCAUCGAGGUUUCCCGCCAGCAGGUGGAGGAGCUCUUCGGGCCCGAAGAUUACUGGUGCCAGUGCGUUGCCUGGAGCUCUGCCGGCACCACCAAGAGCCGCAAAGCCUACGUUCGCAUCGCUUAUCUUCGGAAGACUUUCGAGCAGGAGCCCCUGGGGAAAGAGGUGUCCCUGGAGCAAGAAGUCCUUCUCCAGUGCCGUCCUCCCGAAGGCAUCCCAGUAGCUGAGGUGGAGUGGCUGAAGAACGAGGAGGUGAUCGAUCCUGUGGAAGACAGAAACUUUUAUAUCACCAUUGAUCACAACCUGAUCAUCAAGCAAGCCCGUCUCUCUGACACGGCCAACUACACCUGUGUCGCCAAAAACAUUGUGGCCAAGAGGAAAAGCACUACAGCAACCGUGAUCGUCUAUGUGAAUGGAGGCUGGUCGACCUGGACUGAGUGGUCGGUGUGUAACAGCCGAUGUGGGAGAGGCUUUCAGAAGCGCACAAGGACCUGCACAAAUCCUGCACCACUCAACGGUGGUGCCUUCUGCGAAGGCCAAAGUGUUCAGAAAAUAGCUUGCACCACUCUGUGUCCAGUGGAUGGGAAGUGGACGUCCUGGAGCAAGUGGUCCACGUGUGGCACGGAGUGCACCCACUGGCGCCGACGAGAGUGCACGGCCCCGGCGCCCAAGAACGGCGGCAAGGACUGCGAGGGGCUCGUGCUGCAGUCCAAGAACUGCACGGACGGGCUCUGCAUGCAAAGUUUCAUUUAUCCUAUUUCAACUGAACAGAGAACCCAGAAUGAAUAUGGAUUUUCUUCUGCUCCCGACUCGGAUGAUGUUGCUCUCUACGUUGGGAUCGUGAUAGCCGUGAUCGUGUGCCUGGCUAUUUCUGUGAUAGUGGCCCUGUUUGUCUAUCGCAAGAACCACCGUGACUUUGAGUCGGAUAUUAUCGACUCCUCAGCACUAAAUGGUGGCUUUCAGCCUGUCAACAUCAAGGCUGCAAGACAAGACCUCCUGGCAGUGCCACCAGACCUCACUUCUGCUGCAGCCAUGUACAGGGGUCCUGUUUAUGCCUUGCACGAUGUCUCUGAUAAAAUCCCGAUGACCAAUUCUCCGAUCCUGGAUCCACUGCCCAACCUGAAGAUCAAGGUCUAUAACACCUCUGGCGCAGUCACCCCCCAGGAUGAACUCACUGACUUCUCUUCCAAGCUGUCCCCACAGAUUACCCAGUCCCUGCUGGAGAAUGAGACCCUAAACGUGAAGAACCAGAGCCUUGCUCGACAAACAGACCCAUCUUGCACUGCAUUUGGGACCUUCAACUCCUUAGGGGGCCACUUAAUAAUUCCCAAUUCAGGAGUAAGCUUGCUGAUCCCAGCGGGGGCCGUUCCCCAGGGUAGAGUCUAUGAAAUGUAUGUGACAGUUCACAGGAAGGAGAACAUGAGGCCACCAGUAGAAGACAGCCAAACCCUUCUGACCCCCGUGGUGAGCUGCGGGCCACCAGGAGCGCUGCUAACCCGGCCGGUCAUUUUAACCAUGCACCACUGCGCAGAGCCGAACACAGAGGACUGGCAGAUCCAGCUGAAGCACCAAGUAGCCCAGGGGCCGUGGGAGGAUGUGGUGGUAGUCGGGGAGGAAAACUUCACCACUCCAUGCUACAUCCAGCUGGACCCAGAGGCCUGCCAUAUCCUGACAGAAACCCUCAGCACAUAUGCCUUGGUGGGACAGUCAAUCACCAAAGCAGCUGCAAAACGUCUCAAACUGGCCAUCUUUGGACCACUGUCCUGCUCGUCGCUGGAGUACAGCAUCCGGGUGUACUGCCUCGAUGACACUCAGGAUGCCCUUAAGGAAGUGCUACAGCUUGAGCGGCAGAUGGGCGGGCAGUUAUUGGAAGAGCCCAAAGCUUUGCAUUUUAAGGGAAGCACCCACAACCUCCGCUUGUCCAUUCAUGACAUUACCCACGCUCUCUGGAAGAGCAAAUUGCUGGCUAAGUACCAGGAGAUUCCCUUUUACCACAUCUGGAGCGGGUGUCAGAGGAACCUGCAUUGCACCUUCACGCUGGAAAGGUUCAGCCUGAAUACCUUGGAGCUGGUGUGCAAACUCUGCGUACGGCAGGUUGAAGGAGAAGGGCAGAUCUUUCAGCUCAACUGUUCCGUGUCAGAGGAACCUACUGUCAUUGAUUAUCCUCUCGUGGAUUCAGCAGGCACCAUCACCACGAUCGUAGGGCCCAACGCUUUCAGCAUCCCCCUGCCAAUCCGACAGAAGCUCUGCAGCAGCCUCGACGCUCCCCAGACCAGGGGCCAUGACUGGAGGAUGCUGGCCCACAAGCUGAAACUGGACAGGUAUCUAAAUUAUUUUGCUACAAAAUCGAGUCCCACUGGGGUGAUCCUGGAUCUCUGGGAAGCCCAGAAUUUCCCUGAUGGCAACCUGAGCAUGCUGGCAGCAGUUCUUGAAGAAAUGGGAAGACACGAAACCGUUGUUUCUUUGGCAGCAGAAGGAAAUUACUGAUGUAGCCUUGGCGUGAUCAGGAAGGACAGACACAGGGAGUGGUAAUGCCCUGUUACUACACAUGAGAAUUGAAGAGAAAACCCAGACCAAUGAGUUACACAAGAGACAUUUCAGAGAAGAAAGCAAGCAAAGAAAAAAAACACAGCCCUGACCUUCACAUGUGUUCUCCUUGUACAUUAUCACAGGAUCUAAAAGAAAUCAUGCAAAGUUGUACCUUGAAAAUAUAAAUCAACCUAAUGUUCCUCUCGGCUUGGCUGUACACUGCUUGGUACAGGAUUUUACAGUUUCCUAGGAAACGCUUUUUAUUGCUAUCCAGAUAUAUGGAUAAACUUUCUUAACAAUCCCAGUUUCUAUGGAUGUUGUUUACAUCAAAUUCUGGACAGGGGUAAGGAGAUUGUCCAUGGCUCUUUAUAUUUUUUGUUUAAAGCCAUUCUAGACAAAGCUAUGGACGGUUGGUUGUGGCUAUUUCAGAUUAUUGGUUUCUGGUGAAUUCAGACUUUGGCUACAAUUCUGCACAUCAAGUGUCUCACGAUGAUCCUCCUGUCAUUAUUCUGUUUCCUAGACCUACUUGUAAAAAAACCCAGAGUUGUAGAAGUGUGCAUCUGGGAAGCAGGUAUUCUGGGUGCUAAGCAGGAACAAACAUAACGUUCCCUUCCUUCCCCAAAAGAGUCUCAUUGAGUCUUUGUGAAAAAUAGCUGUAGGACAGUGGGAAACAGGAUGGGAGUUAAUUCUCCAUUCACUGCAUAACACCCUUUCCACCCCUUUGUGAUAUAGGGGUGGGGGAUGGAUAUGCAAUUCAGAGUGGUUAGGGAAAAAAGAAAUCUAGAAAAAAAUUAAGAAGAGAUUUUCCUAUGAUAAUUAUUUACUAAUUAGUAUCUAGUGCAAGGAUUAUAAUGAUUACUAUUAUUAUUAUUACCAUUCUUACUUUAUUUCUAAUUUUGUCAGCAUCAGGAUGAAUCAUUCCCAUUUUGGUAGAACUUCUCGUUCCCUUCCUGAAGGUCUUCUAGGACAUUUCCCACUAUGUUGUUUGUCCUUCCCUUCUCCAGCCAUUGUACGCAUCUUCCAGAGUCCUCUGCUAACCCACAAGAGUUGAUCACAUAGCGUUAGGGUUGCUGUGCUUGAUGCCAGCUACACAAAGCUAGUUCAAACUGGUGAAGCUCCACACAAAUCACUGAUCUGCACCAGCAUGUCUCCCUGCAGCAAAUUGUGGCCCGUUGUGACACCCUCAGUUUGCUAUUGCUCUCAGAAGCAAUCCUAACCCAUGGCAACUGUGAAGGCUGGGGCAGUCCCAUCCCGUGCUGUGAUCCAGCCUCCCAGUGCACUUGCACGUAGUCCGUCGUUUGGGAAGCAGCUGUGCCGGCAUGUGAAGGCUCUGACAUUGAGGACCUGGUUUGCGCAUCCAAGGUGAGCCUCCAGAUACCUUGCUUUAUUUUUGAGAGAUUUGAGAGCCAGCAGCUCCCGUUAGGUUCAGAUGGAGCUACAGGCACUGACUCCUACUGAAAAAACACUUCUUUGCUUAAUAGAUGCUACCUGGCAUCUGAGGAGUGCUCCUUUCUGUCAUUUCUGGACAAGAGCCGCUCGCUGGAUCUCUGUGGCUCUUCUCGAGCUGCAGCCGGGGAAGUCACUCCUGCGUGCCCAGUGCCGUGUGAUGGAGGCCAAACUCUGUGCAUUGCAGCUCUUUGCUUUAGCUCUACCCCCAGCUCCCAAUUUGCCACCGUAGCUCUUGCACAGGGCACUGCAGGUCCCCGUGAGUUGAGCAGAAGCAUUUGUUUCUGUGCCACAUCCCUCUUGGCAUUUGCAAACACAUGAAGGGGGGAUGUGGCAAAUGGAGCUAACUCGUGUUUUUUCAGUUGUCACUGCAAACUUAUUUCAUCUUCUGCUCAGUGAAAAGAUUGACUCUUUAGUACAACACAGAACCUAGUGUUUUAGUAGUUUUAAUUCCAGUUUUCUUGUCCUUCACUUCUGUUGCAGAGAGCACUGCCUUCCCCAGUCCAGUCACACCAAGUUUGGAGGUAUCCCCUGGUUUUUGCUGUUGUACACAGAGGUGGGCAUUGCUCGCACAUGUGUUCUCCCAUCACAUUCUUCUCAAGGCUUCAGUUUUUGUUCUGUUUCCAUCCUUCCCCCACCACCACCACCCCCAGGAAGGCUUUCAGGUCUGUGCCUUUAAAGGUAACUUUGAAAAUGUCAUUGGUCAAAAUGAAAAAUUUCAUCUGACCUUUUUCCCAUUUGACAUUUCCAUAGGCUUGGGGCUUCUUUUUCUAAUUCUCAGCUCUGUGACACCACUGGUGUUUUCAUUAAAGGCUGGGCAGUGCUCACAAGCACCCUUUUCUCAUAAGCAGUAACCCAGCAAUUUACAAAGGAUCAGACCAGGCUUCCCAUCAAAUUCAGAGGGCAGCGUGCACAGAUCUUGGCUUUCAACAUCUGUCUGUGUUUUGGCUCUGUAAUCACCAUCUGUGGAGAACAUGGAGUCCUUCUAAUACACAUCCAGGCAGGGCAUCCUUUUCAUGAACCACCUUCCUGUUUAGUUUUUUUUUUUCUUUAAACCUUAAACAGCUGAUCUAGAGCUCUGCUGCAUUAAUGGGAAUCUUGCUUCCACCUUCAGGAGGCUUUGGCUCAACUGGCAGCUCAUCCCUUUUCCUGCAGUUUUACCCUGCUCUUCCUUAGGGCACUAAAACAUCUCCUGAAGGACAGGUCUCCGCUUUUCUCCACUGUGCAACUUUCUGGUGUAACCAGCUAUAUGUAGCUUGUUCUUCACUGGCUUUUGGUACUUUCCCCUCAUGUGCGCCGUCUUAGAUCUCUGAUGUCCAGACUGGUUUGGGCUUUUGGCUAGGGGCUCUCACUAGGUGGGCACCGUGCAUCACCUCGAGCCAUUGCUCCUUUUGCCCGCUCUCUGUGCUCCCCUUCACAGCCCGAGGCCCCCUUCAAGAAAAACAGAUGAGUAACUUCCUUAAGACUUUGUGAUUCUGGCACAGAAGAAGACCCUUUUGCAGUUUCACUGUAAAAGAGAGAAAUUGUGAGGCAAGGGCUUGCUCUAAUUUAGAGGAGCAUCCCCAGUGGUGGACGGCAAUAAGCACCAUUGCCUCUCUCGGCACAGGCACAGAAUGAGCAGGGAGAAAGGACAGCAAGAUUUGCUGAAAAUACCAUUUUUGGUGGGAGAAAGCUAGCAGCAGUCCUUCUCUCGCGAUUGCUUGUAUACACUGCCAUCUCGUGGGGUCGCGCUCAAACUUAAACACCGAUACCAGCGACUUUGCUGAAGCCUGAGAAAAGUUAUCUUAGAAAAGACUUUUCCAUGAGGUGGCUCUUUAACAUGGCAAAUAAUAUUGGCAGACAGAACUGGCUCUUUAGAAUUGUUGCAACAUUUUAUGUCAGGUAAGCAAGUUUGUUUUAAAAAUGACUGCAGGCUUCUUAUCCUCCAGUUAUUAUUGUUUCUUAAGUGCUUAAUCUUUCAGUUGUCCACCUUUGGUUACGCACUCUAGCAGCUUUGCUGUUCAUCACACCAUCUUUUCAUUACAUGUUGAUUGCUAGUGAUAUAAAUAAUAUAUAUAUAUAUAUUACAUAAAUAUAUAUAAAAUAUCUACUGACUUCAAGGAAAAUCUUUACUUUCUGAUUUAGGAUCACUAUUGGAGGCAGUCCUUUUCGCCUGGUUUUGUUAAGUUCUUUUGUGUUGUGUUCUUGUAAAGGUGGCUGUCAGUGUAUAGGGUAAGUCUUUUUUUUUUUUUUUUUUUUGGUUAAGUUUUCUAAUCACAGCUGAUCCACCGUAUCAUGCUGAAUAGUGCAAGACCUAAGUACUGUUUUAAUGAAUCUUGACAGUUUUGAGGCAGUUAGGGUCUCUGAGUCAAGACUUGCUUCCAUGGGAGACCGAGGCUUUUUCCCUAUCCCUGGCAGAAAUGCAGACACUCAUGAGACAUGUUGGAGUCUGGGAUGCGCACAGAGCAAAACAUGUCUGUUACUUGGGUUUCUUGCUAUUUCUGUUGCUUACAUAUAGAAUAAAUGUAUUUACAUGCUGUAA